UUCCGGAAAUGUGCGACGAUGAAUAUCGAAACGACGUCAAUCAAAGCGAUGUACAGGGCAGGUGGUGGAGGCGAAGGCUGAGAGGCGACGGAAACGAGAAAAGACGGACGAUGCUUGUCGGAGACGUCCGCGUGGGGUUGAGGCGACGCGAAUCGGACAGCGGUGUUGAUAAAGUGCCGACGUCGGUGUGGAACGACGUUAAAGGGGGAAGACGAGACGGCUGAGCUCACGCAGUCGCCGACAUCCGAACCGUGGCGGUGGGGAGCGGACAGACGCGUGUCCAGCGCGACAGACUCCACGCUUGCUGGAGAACGGUGAAAGCAGUCGGCGUGGUGAAGAGAUCGACCCAGUCACACUCCUCUCCUUCCAGUUUGGAGCCAUCAGGCGACACCGUCUAAUGGAGGUCAACUUGGACUUCCUCAAAACUCUGGAUCGAUUUGACAAAACUAGUAAUGCUGUCCAUGGGAAAAUAGAGAAAUGCUGCCAACACCUGGAGUCUUUUAUUGCAUCCACGUUCAGCAGCUCAGAAGGCAGAGUCCAGGAGAUCCGAAAAGACCUCCAGCCAAUCUCCACGAGAUACAAAGACAUAAGCACCAGGACCAGCUUUCUUGUGCAACGUGCAAAAUCCAGAAAUGACCACUAUUUACAAGUGGCAUAUAAGGUUGUGGAGGAUAAAAUUUCCCCAGAAGAAGCGGGGAAGGAAUUCGCAUCAGAAUUGCAUGACCUCGUGACAUCACUCAGAAAUAUUAUUGGCGAGCACAACGAAGUCGUCCUGUUCCUUCGUAGGGCAGUUGAUGUAUCUCAGAAAAUUACUGGGGAUGAAAGAAAACAUGCGAAUCGAAUGCAAUUUUUACAAACUGUGUUGACCUACACAGCAAUAAUGUCAUUGGUGGUAGGAGUAGUCACGUUGGCAGAAAUAGUAGAUGUAAGAGAGUCGGUGAUAGGAGCAGUAUUAGCACAGGUGAGAACAACCUUGGGAUGGGAAACAGGAGUGGAAAGGGCAAUAACACGAGUAAGAGUGGUAUUCUCAGAAGGAGCAGUGGCAGCGAUUAUGGCAAUAGUGGCGAUGAUUACAUCACGUUCGUUACGUUGCACGGGAGCGCUGGCAGCCGGUGGUGCGCUUGUAACGGCGGCAACAAGGGAAGCUGUGAAGGUAAUGCCACUGGCAGGGAUAAUGGUGUCAGCUGGAUUGGUGGGAGUAGCGAGCGUUGCAAUAAAAACAUGGGUGAAACCUAAGGCUGCUUGGAAAAACAAUGAGGAGCAUGAAGCUUGGAAAUCGAAGGGUGCGAGGUUUACCGAGGAGUUGGAUGAGAUCGAGGAGUCCAUUCAGGAAGCGAAUGGAGACCUCGGAGGAGUGGAUCAUUUUCUAAAACUUCUCGCAGACGAGAUGAAGACCUCCCCAAGCAAUAGGACAUUGAUAUCAAAAACUAAUUUUAAAUUUAUGAUAAAGCAAUGUCAAGACCACCAGCGAUAAAUUAAGUGAUCAUGCUACACCGAAAUUUAUUUCUUGAAACAAGUCAAUUCUACAUCUGUACCGUCGCAGGAUGUCAAUGAAAUAGAGCCCAACAGUUUAAUGGGCCCUUCCCGCUGAAAUAAGAAAGUAAAAUAUAUCUGUCUAUUUCAUUAAUUGCGCAAUAUGUCUAAGCAAAGUUUGCUGACAGUAACCCACGUGUCACGUUUUAAAUAUCUUUUGAUUGUAAUUACGCUAUUUGCCAACGUUGUUGGCUAUGAUUUUUUUUUUUGCCAAAUAAAACCGAUGAAAUCCUUA